CCCUAAAAUGCCUCGUUCUCUACCACAAAAUGUAAACAAACCAGCCACACUCACAUGUCCUCAGCUGUCCGCCGCCCCCAAGGCCUCCCCCGUGGCUGCCCCUCGCCCCAGCACCACCCCCGCCCCGCCCCGUGACCUUUGGAAGAGUCUUAGAGGGGAUGUAUGGGUGGCAGAAAUGAUACUUAACAAGUUCUUCGUGGCUGGUGAGGAAACAUGAUCAGAAAAAUGUGCUGGUGCAGCUGACUACUCUGAGCAAUGGCUGAGGGCUUGAGCAGCACAGAACCUUACCUCCUAAAGGACGGCGUGUGCCAGGUGGAGUGUAUUGUGGUGAACGAGGAUGAGGACGCUGAGGAGGACAUUCUGUUCAUCAACUUGGGCUACACAUCAACUUCCUCACAGACUGAUUCACAGUACUUCAGUGCCUGCCAGCCACACAUUCCUGGUGUGCCCAUCUUCUACUGUGGGCAGCCGGCACCAGGCACGGCCACCACACAGUGCUUCAUCCCUCACGUGGCCGACGCCUGUGUUGGCAAUGACCCGCCAGGCACGUGCUCGGUUCAGCAUCAAGGAACACGUCCACCAAGCAGGCCGAGCCCCUCUGUUUCUGCUGCCCUCUCAGCCAGGCGUCACAGUGAUGUCACUGCCAAGACAGAAAUGGUGUUGGUGGUAAAGAAAGAGGAAGAGUUUGGAGUGACCAAAUGGCCAGUACUUCCCACACCUGCAGCAGAAAGGAAGACUCCUGCACCCACCCCUCCUGCGGUGAUUCACAAGAAAAGAGGAAGAAAGAGGAAGGCUGUACCUGAGAGGGAAGAGAAAAGAAAUCCAAAUUCACCUUUACAAGCCCCAUUAAUUUCAAGUAAAGUGCCUGGUAGGCGCAGGAGGAGGAAAAAGAGAGAUAAUGACUUUGAGUAUGACUUAGGUGAGAGUGAAGGGGAGGCAGACCUUAAACUUAAAGAUGAGUAUGAUGAUGGAGAUGAAGACUGGAGGAGAGAGAAGGAGGAACACAAUGGUGAAAACAGUGACAGUGGUGCAGAUGACAGAGACAAUAACAGAACUAAGAAGGGAAGCUGGAAGGACACAAGGGAAUCAAAUCCUUUGUCAGUCCCUGAAGAUGAGUGUGGACCCAAAGAUGCUAACUACAAGACUCUGAUGGAUGGAGUGACAGGGAAGUGUGAUGAAAGUAGUGAAGAAUCUGAUGAUGGUGAUGAUGAGGAUGAGGAUGACAAAGAUGGUUUAUACAGUAACUCGGCAAAUACUCACAAUGGUAGUAAGAAAAACAAAGUGCUGACAGUGGGAAUUACUGACCUAGAAACUGAAAACAGCUCCUCUAGACAGGUGAAAAAAUACUCCGAGAAAGCUAAGGCAAAGUAUCACCAGGAGAAAGUUAUCAAAGAGGAUGGGAAAGUAGCCUAUCAGUGUUUGAAAUGUAGUAAAGAGUUUGAAUCACGGGCACAGCUCAAGGAACACAGAAAAGUUCACAUGUCAAAGGUGAGAAUAUACGAGUGUAGUCACUGUGACAAGGUGUUUACCGAGGCCCGCAAGUAUUACUCCCACUUGGGCUUCCAUAAACGGCUCUUUGAGUGUCAGCCAUGUGGGCGAAGGUUCUCACUCCUGGGCAACCUGAAAAAGCACCUGAGUACACAUGAAGGUGCCCCAGAUCAGGUGUGCGAGGUGUGUGGAAACCAGUUCCAGACUCCGUCACAACUGCAGGAGCACCACCAGACGCAGCACCAGGAGGACAAUGUUCGGACAUACAAAAUGGAGUGUGAGCACUGCAGGAAGAAGUAUGUGCGCGAGGAGGCGUACAAACAACACAUGAGUGGCGCGCCGUACAAGUGUUCGUUAUGUGAGGUCUUGGAAGGCUGCGAGACCAAGCUCAGAAUUCACAUUAGGAACCAGCACGGUCGCUGUGUGUGCGAGUUUUGUGGAAAAUCCUUUAAGAAGAACUCCCUCAUCCACCACAUCAAGAUAGUGCACCGUGAGGCCUGUGUGCCCUGUCCCCACUGCCCAAAAAAGUUUACCUAUCGCUCCAAGAUGCUCGCCCACCUCGACGCCAACCACUCACAAGAGAAAAAAUACAAGUGCGGCUUGUGCAGCUACAAGGCACGCACCGUCAACACCCUCAACCUGCACCGCCGCCGCCGCCACCAGGACCCUGCCCUGUCCCCCCAGUACUGCUGUAAACUGUGUCCACGCAAGUUUCACCUGCCGUCCAAACUGACACUGCACUACCGUGUCCACACCGGUGAGAAGCCGUACCCCUGCCAGUCCUGCGGCAAGGCCUUCGCCACCAAGUACAACAGAGCAGAGCACGAGCGCUGUGUGCACGGGGAGCGCGUUUUGUUGCGGCAUCCGGAUGGCUCCUCCUCCGUGCGGGUCAUCAAGCACCGGCGGGCACCGCGCGCCCCCGGGCGGCGCUGUGAGCUGUGUGGCCUUGACCUACCUACCUCCUGGGCCAUGGUGACACACAUGAAGGAGCAGCACAAUGCACAGACGCUGCCCAGCACACCCGCCAAUGAGGAUGCAGCAGUGGCAGCAUUGGAAACACAGGAGUGUGAGGCAGCAGCAGCUGUAGUGGAUGAGUAUGAGGUGAAUGCCGAGCAGUGUGAAGCUGUGGUGGACGGUGGGGAGCAGGACCUCCUGCUGGAUGGCACCCCCGGUGUGGUGAGCAUCCCUGAGUAUGCAACUCACGUUGAGAUCGAUGGUGUGGAGUACCGGGUGAUGAGGCAAUGACUACCCAGCAGGCUGCCCUCAUGUUGAUCAGGAGGCAGUCUGCUCAGGCUGGUAGAUUGGCUGAUACUCAGUUGCAUAAAUAUAAAUAUGAGGCAUUAAAAUUCUACUCACUU